UCGCGUGAAGAAAAUGAAGGUGACCGGUAGUUGGGAUAUCCUCAUCCCACUAACAAUUCUAUGCUGUAAACUCUACCCAGCCACUGGAGGGUCUGCGGUGGUGAUUACCAAUGAAAACUGGGAAAACAUCAUCAAAUCCAAUGACGUGGUGCUGCUCAACUUUUAUGUGGAUUGGUGCCGUUUUAGCAAGCAGCUGGAACCCAUUUUCGAGGAGGCGGCGGCAAGGAUUCGCGAGCAGUUCCCUGAAGACGGUCGUGUGAUCCUGGGCAAGGUGAACUGCGAUGACGAGUCGGAAGUGGCUAACAGGUUCGAUAUUUUCAAGUACCCCACGCUGAAGGUGGCCAAGAGCGGACUGACCAUUAAUCAGGAAUACCGGGGCCAGAGAUCCGUCAAGGCCUUCGUCGAGUUCGUGGAGCGGGAGCUAUCGGGUCCCAUCAAGGAGUUCCAGAACAUCAGUGAACUACACGACGCCGACGUGGGAGAUGGACUAGUCAUUGGCUAUUUUAUAUCCAGGGAUCACGAGGAGUACCUGAGCUACCGUAGGGUAGCAAGAAUUUACCGCAACGACUGCAAGUUUAUGGUGGGCUUCGGUGAGGUGAGCAGAGACCUGCAUCCGCCUGGCGAGAAUCUGCUCAUCUUCCGCGCAGACUUCUUAAACAUUAACUACAAAGAGUACUACAGUGAGUACUCGGGCAACCUUACCAACUUCAUGGACUUGAUGUCCUGGGUGUCCGACAAGUGUAAGCCUUUGGUGCGGGAUAUAACCUUCGAUAAUGCCGAGGAGCUCACGGAGGAGGGUCUGCCCCUUCUUAUAGCCUUUUACAACAAGAACGAUCUGGGUCCUGUCCGAGAGUUCCAGACCGUAGUCAAGACCCAGUUGGCGGACGAGAAGAGGGUUAACUUCUUGACUGCCGAUGGAGCUCUCUUCGGUCACCCACUAUUCCAUAUGGGAAAAUCGAUGGACGAUCUGCCCGUAAUUGCCAUAGACUCCUUCCAACAUAUGUACGUCUUUCCGAAGUUCGCGGAUAUUCACCAGCCGGGAGUCCUGAAAAAGUUUAUCGAUGACUUGUUCACUGGACAGCAUCACUUGGAUUACCACAAUCCAAAAGAUUCCUUUGAAGAGACGAUUGAGACGGCCGUUGAAGUUUUGACCCCGCCGGCUAUCCACGAGUCCAAGUUCAAGGAACUGCUGCCCUCAAAGCACCGCUAUACCUUGCUCAACCGAUCUAGGGAUGAGUUGUGAAUUAAAAUUAAAUCAAUAAACUUUUAGUGCUUAA